AUGAAAACGCCACGCAGAGUCUGUCACCGCACCCACCCGAUGCCGAAGCACAGUAUGACCCAUUCACACCCUCUCACAAAACUUCGCCCAUCAACCACCCACACCGUUGCCCGCUCAAAGCUGAAGAAGUGGGAGAAGAAGUUGAAGUUUAUUGAUGCUCUGCUCAUGGAUGCCGAGGAGAAGCAACUGACGGACAGGGCUGUGAAAAUGUGGCUGGACGAGCUCCAGGACUUGGCUUAUGAUGUGGAGGACAUUCUGGAUGAGUUUGCAACUGAAGCUUUAAGGCGAAAGGUGAUGUCUGAACACCAUGCUAGCAGUAGCAAGGAAAGUAGCUUUAUCUCAGCUUGUUUCACUGGUCAGACUCCAAGUGCUGUGAAGUUCACUUUCAACAUGAGGUCCAAGAUAGGUGUUAUUACUAGCAGAUUGGAAGAACUCUGCAGACAAAGAACUGAGCUUGGAUUGGAAAAGAUUUCGGGGGGGACAUCAACUACUGCAUGGAAUAGACCAUCCAGUACAUCUGUGCAAAUCGAGCCUGCUAUUUUUGGGAGGGAGGAAGACAAAGCCAAGAUACUACAAAUGGUGUUAAGUGGGGAACCAAGUGAAGCCAACUUUUGCGUUACACCGAUUGUUGGUAUGGGGGGAAUUGGUAAAACAACACUUGCUCGAGAGGUCUACAAUGAUGACAAGGUUAUCGAAGUUUUCAAUCCAAGAGCAUGGACGUGUGUCUCGGAUGAUUUUGAUGUUCUGCGUAUCUCUAAGGCAAUUCUUGAGUCAAUCACUUCAUCAUCUUGUAGUCUACAGAACUUAAAUGAAGUGCAGGUUCAGUUGAAAAACAAAGUAGCCGGAAAAAAAUUCUUCCUUGUAUUAGAUGAUGUUUGGAGCAGAGAUUAUGGCUUGUGGGAAACUCUUAAGUCUCCCUUCAUGGCUGGGGCACCAGGAAGUAGGAUAAUUGUGACGACACGCAGUGUCCAUGUAGCUUUAACCAUGGGACAAAGUGAAUAUUUUGAGUUGAAACUUCUUUCAAACGAUGAUUGUUGGGGCAUAUUCGAGAAGCAUGUAUCUGGGUGCAGAGUUGUUUCACGCCAGAAUUUGAAUUCAAUUCGUGAUAAAGUUGUUGAGAAGUGCAGAGAGUUACCAUUAGCAGCCAGAACUCUUGGGGGUCUUUUACGAUCUAAGCAAAGAUAUGAUGAGUGGGANGGCUAA